UCGCACUGGCACUCCACUAGUAUAUAUAAUUUCAAUGUCUCCUCCUCUGUGUCUCGCCAUCGCAAAGUUUGUGGUUUCAGUCUGAAUCAAUUUCGAAGUCAUCCAACCAGCCUAAGAGCUUGAAGGCCCAAUCAAAGCAUCAGGAAAUGAGGUCCUACAAUUACAACUCAGUCACGAAUGACGGGCCUAAGAUUUGGAAGGUACAUAUUAGAAAGGGUACGAAGGCAAAUGCUCAAUACGAAGAGCAAGCUGCCACAGUAUGGCAGGGAAAGGGGUCUGUUGUGUGCAAGACUCCUUAUAGGGAGCCACUGGAGUCUUGGAGAGCAUGGACACUCAGAAAAGCCAACCUGAAAAGCAGUCUUCAUCCGCUGCAACUGCCCCAUCUGUUACUUCAUGCCAAAAGAAGAAGAAUGAAGAAGCUGCUUUCUUAGACGAUUUGAAGGAUCACAUUGACGAGUUUAUUAAGGCUUCUAUGGAUGAGCACAAAAGUUGUUUCAAGAAAAUAAUUCAGAAGAUGUUUGGUAUGUCCAAGACUGUUGCAGAAGGUCACUCCAAUGCUUCCAAAGAAAUUCAAAGUUCUCUGCAUCUUCAGACAACUGUACAAGACUAGAUUUCUUGCUUUUGAACCACUAAAUUUUAACUGAGGCAUGUUACCACCCAGAUAUUUAGUUUUAUAUUAGGUUGUUUGAAACAAAAUUUUGUUUGUGAAAACUCCAUUCAUGGGUUGUUUUUGCCAGUAUGGUUUCUAUGCUUAAGUAUUGUUGAAUUAUGGUAGCUUAUCCAAUUACUAAAGUGAGUCCCAACCACAAUA